UUGUAAAUAAGACCGCAAAAACUGUGUUUUAUUUACAAAAGUGAUGCCGGCUGUUUUAAAAUAUCGUUCCCAGUUGUUUUAAACCGUUUUUCGUAAAUUUUUGGCUCUAUUUCUCGCCUAUUUCCGUGUGGUUUUUACACUACGCGUAUAAUGGCGAGCUCGGCUAACUCGAACCCAGUGCCUAAACUAUACAAGUCUGUGAUUGAGGAUGUGAUCAGUGAGGUGCGAGAGCUGUUCCUGGACGAGGGAGUGGAUGAGCAAGUGCUCCUGGAGCUGAAAACGCUAUGGGAGAACAAACUGUUGCAGUCCAAGGCAGUGGAGGGCUUCCACACUGAGGAGCAGGCAGCCCUGCAGGCCGCUCAGCAGCAGCAGCAGCAACAGCAGCAGCAGGUUCAGCCAAUCCAACAAGUCCAGCAAGUUACCCAGCAAGCGCAGGCCCAGCAAGUCAUCCUGCCCCCCCAACAGCAGCAAGCUCCCCAGCAGCAAGUCAUUGUUCAAGAUUCAAAGAUUCUGCAGCACAUGAGUGCGACGGGGAUGAGUGCAGCAGCUACCGCAGCAACCCUCGCUUUGCCUACAGGGGUCUCCCCAUACCAACAGCUCAUCACCAGCCAAGGUCAAAUCCUGCAGGUUGUUCGUGCACCCAACGGGGCUCAGUACAUCAUCCAGCAGCCUCAGCAGCAGAUUCUCCUGCAGCAGCAAAUGCAGCCUGGUGGCGUUCAGGCCCCGGUCAUACAGCAGGUCCUGGCUCCUAUGCAGGGAGGUCUGCCUCAGCAAACAGGAGUCAUCAUCCAGCCGCAGCAGAUCGUCUUAGCAGGAAACAAAGUCCAAGGCGGUACACAGGUGAUGCAGGCAGCUAUGGCGCAGCAGCCCGGUCAGGCAGCGACAGCAGCUCAGGUCCAGCAGGUUCAGCAGGCCCAGGUUGCAGCUGCACCACAGGUCCAACAGCAGGCCCAGGCUCAGGCCCAGCCUCAGGCACAGCAGCCUCCCAUGAUGCUGCAGGUGGACGGAGCCGGAGACACCUCCUCAGAAGAAGACGAGGAUGAGGAGGAGGAGUAUGAUGAUGAAGAGGAGGAAGAGAAAGACAAGGACGGGGGAGAGGACGGUCAGGUGGAGGAGGAGCCUCUGAACAGCGGAGAUGAUGUCAGCGAUGAGGAGGACCAGGAGCUGUUUGAUACAGAGAAUGUAGUGGUGUGUCAGUAUGACAAGAUUCACAGAAGUAAGAACAAAUGGAAAUUCCACCUGAAGGACGGGAUCAUGAAUCUGAACGGGAGAGACUAUGUCUUCUCCAAAGCCAUUGGGGAUGCCGAAUGGUGAAGUAGAAAAAAAACAAACAAACAAAGCAACAGGAGCAGGAACUCUGUAACUCCUUCUAUCCAGUUAACAGACUGUUCAAUAUCCUUCCAUAUCCUGUGACUGGAUUCAUUUCAGGAAACUUCUUCUGAGUCUUUGAGAACUCUUGACAAAACCCAAAGGACUGUGAGGUACCGUACAAACCUGGGGUGUCGUCAAAAACACUCGACUAGCCUUGCACGAUGAGAAACCUACAGGGGAAGGGAAAGCCUGCGAGUAGAGCGCUCUCUCUGUUUUUUGUUUCUCUGCCUAUUUCCUGAGAGAAUUCACACACAUUGGAAAGUAAGCAUUUCACAUCGUACAGGUGUAGUGGACCAGGGUGACCUGACCUGCCCCGCCACAGGAGGUCCGAGGUCAUUCAUUAUACCCCCACCCUUUUAGAUGAAAAAACACCUUCAAAAUGCACUGUAGUCGGUUGACUGGAUUGACUCGUGUCUACAUUGAAGUCCAAACUUAGUGCCACCAGUCAAGAUUGCUGCCUUUAGAACGGCCAUAAUCAACUUUUGGCUUCUAAUUUUUGUUCUUGGAUCCUGUCUCAAUUCAUGUUUAUGAAAAAUGGUGCUCCAGAGUGUUUUAUGUAGUUAACCUGUUAUUAUUUUAAACAUUUUUUUUAAGAAUGUGUUUGAUGAAGGGUUUAAACAAAGAAGGCAAAAUUGCAUUAAUCUUAAGAUAACUAAUAAUUGUGUAAAGGCAUUUUUUUAAUCUUCUGAGUGCUGAAUCCAAAAAAAUAUUAUUCUUUUUCCCCCUCAAUCAGCUUCUCUGGAGCUUCAUUCCAACAAAAAAAAAAAAGAAAAAAGAAAGAAAAGGAGAUCCAACACUGAAUUCAUUUAAGAACUGUACAAAAUGUCUGAAAGUUUGUCCUGUCGGUGUUGCUCUUAAUUUUUAGUUUUCUGCAGCCGUCUAAAAAUUUGCACUGUCAGUUUAUCGGUGUGUCGUGAAAAACAGUCAAGUUAAUCAGUUUAACUCAGUUUGUGUGUGUGUGUGUGUGUGUGUGUGUGUGUGUGUGUGUGUGUGUGUGUGUGUGUGUGUGUGUGUGUGUGUGUGUGUGUGUGUGUGUGUGUGUGUGUGUGUGUGUGUGUGUGUGUGUGUGUGUGUGUGUGUGUGUGUGUGUGUGUGUGUCUCUCUCUCUCUACAGGCGUGUGGUGAGUGUUCACGUGUGCUUAUGCUGAUUCAUGUGUGUGUCGUCACCAUUUUUCUCUGGAAAUCUAUUUGUUGUUUUUUUUCUUUUCUUGCACACCCCAUAAUCUCAAAAUGUCACAGUUGAAACUGUAUAAUAGAGAUUUUAAUGUUGUUUUUUCUCUUUUUUAAACACUUUUUUUUUUGUUAUUUGGUGAGGGCAGGGCGGUGUCCUUUUUUUUUUCUUUCUUAUUUAUUCCUGAAAGUUCAUGAAAUGUUCUAUUUUUUGAAAGGUUGGAAAGCCGCACCAAACUGUGCUCUUAUAAUCUAAUAAGUGUUCCUUUUUUCUCUCUGUUGGCUGGAAAAAGCUACAUAACGUUGUGUUCCAAAAAAAAAAAAAAUCAUUUCGUCCACCGUAAGUUCUUUUUGUGCUUUCAUUUUAUUCAUGACUUUUAAAUGAGAAUAUUUUCUAUCGAAUGAGUUCAAC